UCAUCGACAAACUUGCUGAUCUGAUAUCCAAGCCGCAGCAAUAAAAUAACGUUCGAAAAGCCCCAUGAUGGGGUUCAACGCAUCCUCACAUUUCCCGCCUAGGCUCUGGCGACCGUUUGCUUAUUUCCUAAUUUAUUCAUUCAUUCAUUCCUCACAAAAUUUCCACCCCCCACACGACACAACACCCCAGCCCCACCACCACACACCACCCCCCCAGCCCCCCUUCCCGCUUCCCAGAAAUCUCCUCUCCACCUGGGAUUUCUGCUCGCAAGCUGCCGCUUUUCGCAAUCUUCUACUCGUUGGAUCGCUUCUAUCUAGGACUGGUCCUGAAAAAAGGAAAGGUGCCUCUUGAGAAGGAAGGAGAAAUAUAGACUAGCUGUCAAUUUUUCUACACUGGCCAGUUGCAGCUAUACAAAUUCCAUUCAGGUUACCAUGGGGGGCUCAAAGCUUAAAAAACAUAACUUUACUUCCCCUAGGAGACAAUCAUUAAGGCUCAAGGCAAUCAGUGCCAUUUAUGAAGCAGAAGAUAUUGCAAAUUUAUAUACAAAGCAUCAGCAGUGGUUUAGUGGAGGAAACUGUUCUACUGUUGCCAAUCAAAUGAAAGUUGUGGUCCUUGAGCCUGAAGAAUGUAACUGUACUUCCAAAUCAAAUGAACAUGUUAAUGAUCGCACUGACACAAGCUAUCCUGAGAAACAUAUUUAUAGAGAAACUAAUACUGAUGAUGAUGACCAAAGCCUUAAUGACAUGACUUUGAAGGACUUGCAAGCAAGCUGCAAAUCAAAGAAGCAGAAGGUCCUGAAAUCUGUUGCUUCUGCAGAAGUUGGUCUUAAGAACUACUCACAUUUUGAUCCAUCUCAAAAGUGGAAGCAUGGACAUGCGAAACCAAAAGAAGAGGAACCUGACCUUGAGGAACCCCUAAUUACUUUGAAAAUUCAAAAGAAGUCCACUGCAGAUAGAAAGCAAAGGAAGCAUGCAUGCUUAUCCCCGGUCUCUUCAGGUCCUAUUGAAGCGGUGACUGCAAAGACAUGUUCCUUAUGUUCUAAUGACAUGCAUGGUUCAAUGCCUGUGGCACAAAUGAAGGCAUCAAUAACAGAUAGGCCUUCAAAGGAUGGGGCUGCAAAUCUACAUGACUUAAAAAGUGAGGCAGUGACUAUUGAAGAGGAUUUUGGAGGUAGUGCAAAGGAAAAUUUUAUUGAAGUAAAGCAUUCUCUCCUGCCAUCAACAACUUAUGCUGGCAGCUCUAAAUUCGUUUAUCAUUUUGAAACUGAGAUCAUGGAACCCUGUACCUUGGAUGGGCAAAACAUGGUAAAUAUAGCUACUAAUUCUAAUUUGGACAUUAUUAAUUCUUCUAAUUUUCUUGACAAUUCAUCUGCUGAGCUGCUUCAGAAAGUUGGUGAAGGAUUAAAUAAUUGUUUCCCAUCAUCAGUACCUGAUUUACAGAGGACUCUUCAUGUUGAUAGCCCUGAAUUGGUUUAUACCAUUAAAAGGGAGAUCCUGGAAAAUGAUUCCUCACUGCAUGAGAAUACAAUUUGUGUUCCUGCUUCUACUGCGGAUUUCAUUGCAAAACUUAAUUAUUCUGAAAAGUCAUCUACUGAACCAUUUAGAAGACAUCAGGAAGUCUUGGAGAAUGGAGGAUCAAAUUCUUCCAGUAAUACAUCAACAUAUUCUUGCCUUAAUGAGGUCUCUACUGAAUAUAGGGAAUCUGAUCGGUGCUGUCUUCCAGAAAGUGACAAACAUAAUGAAAUCAGGAAGAUGGACCUUUCAGAAGUGUCCCACCAGAAGCUUUGUCCUUCCUUGGUCUCUAUACACCAGGCAGUUCCCUUGAAUCCCUGCUGCCCUGGGCUAGCCUCUAUGACCAUAGAUCCUGGUGCUGCUAUCCCUUCAGCAAGUAGCUGUAGCUCCAGAAGCAUGGAUGCCAAAGUUGCAGAAGUUUGUGCUUCCGUCUUGGGACAUGAAGAUUCUCAAAGUUUAACUCAUGACUUACCUGUACAACAGAUGCCAAUAUGCAGUCACAUAGAACAUGUGACCAAUGAUUGUAGCCUCCUGUGCAAGGAGCAUGAUUUGGAUGAAAUCUUUAACACUGCUACAGAAGGUAAAUGCUGUAAUAAUUCAGCUCAUCAUAUGAUUGCUGCAGAUGAAUGUAGCCUCCUUUGCAGGGAACAUGAUUUGGAUGAAAUCUUUAAUACUGGUAUAGAAGAUGAAUGCCUUCAUAAUUCAGCUCAUCAUCCAGCUGCUGUACAUGAACAAAUAAACAGUAAUGAAAGUAGUAGUACUUUUACAGAAGAGUUCUCCGAAGCAUAUAAGCUCUAUUCCCCACAACAUUCCCGUACAUGCUGUCGUGCUCUUGCUGAUAGCUCAUGUAAGACCGAGUUGUCGUCUUCCAAAGAGGAAGGCCAUGCACAGGAAGAAACAUCUUAUUCUGUUGAAAUCUCUGGUAUCAAUGACCCAGAUGUACUCACUAGAGCACCUGAUUUUCGGUCUCCUAAAAUUUCCCCACCAUGUUUCAGUGCUCUCAGAGGCUUGCAUUAUGCUGAUAGUUUAUUGAAGGCUACAGGAGAGUUUUCAUCUUUCAGGGGGGAGGAAAAGCUGCAAACUACUAAAGGCCAGCCAGCUUGUGCUGAAAUCUCCCAGUUAAUUAAUGCGAAGGGACAAAACAUGGAAAAAGAACAAAAACAUGAUGAAGGGUUAUGGGUACAUUCUCCAAAAAAGCUACUGUCGAACAGAAAGACCAUUUCUCCAACUUCUCAGGAAAAGCUUUGUCAGGCUCUGAGCGACAUUGAUUUAUAUUGUGCUAGCCAACUCCCCAAGAGCAGGAAGAGGCUUUGGUCGGAGACAUGGACUAAAUUGAAGACUUCAUCAUCAUUAUCAGGUCACAAGGAAGCUGAAGCAUUGCUAGCCCCUGAGCGAAUGAGCAAGAAACCAAAGAACCAUGGUAAUGGUUCCCUUGUAUCAGUUAACAAAGGAAUUCUUAAGUCGCCAGAUGCUUCUUGUAGGUCUCCUUGUUCUUGCAUGAAGAGUUCAACAUUUCACCAACAAACUGAGAAGGUCAUUGAAUUCUCACAACGACAGAUGCAUGAUAUAGAAAACAUUGCAAUGAAACUUCUGAAGGGUUUGAAGUCCAUGAAAAACAUUGUGGAAGAAACUCUUUGUUCAGAAUCACGUUCUUCCCUACCUUUGAAAUUUACUGCUGAUGAGAUCAGGGCAGCAGCUGAGAAUGCAUCAGAGCUUGAAAAGACCACAAGGAGGUGGUUAUCUAUGAUGACAAAGGAUUGCAACCGCUUUUGUAAAAUAAUGAGAUUACCUGAGAACAAAGAAACUACUGUUAAUGGUGUUUCUAAGAAACAGAAGAAGAUUACUUUUGCUGACGAAGCUGGUGGUGUUCUCUGCCAGGUGAAAGUUUUCAGACAAGAGCCAGCACCUGUUGUUGUACGUGAAGCUGAGAAGGCUGAUAUUAGCCAUGUGCUGUUGUAGAAUAGCAAUAGGCUGCUAUGGGCAACGAGUCCAAUCAUCUGAAACACUGGUAAUUUUUGUUGGCAUGCUCAAUGCUCGCUGGGGUAGGCAACAGGAGCUGCUUCUUGGACAAUUGCCUCUAUCAUAGAUGCUUGUGUCUUCUAUCUUGUAGCAGAAAGGCUACAUGGGUUGACGAUAUUUCAUCCUCUAUCAGUCUUCCUCUGAAAUCUAUCUCUUAGAUUGAGCUGCAAUGGAUGUUGGAAGCUGUUUCUUUUUUUUAACUGAUAAUUGUUGCCCGCUAAAGCAUUAUGCUAUUGGAGGUGACCGGUGAGGUGGAUUCAAGAACGUAGCUCUAUGCUGAGCUAUAUAUAUGUACCUUGUAGGUAGGCAAAGAUUCAAAAAUUUCAUUUGCUUGAAUCUCGAUGGCAUCUUUGUAAUGAAAAUAAUGUUAUCUUAAUAUCUCCAUCAGUUCAAUA